AGAGCGGCCGCGGGAGCGCACCAGGCCAGUUGAGUGAGCGAGCGAGCCGCGAGAGCCCGAGACAUCGAUGGCCCUGUCCACCCUAAUCAGCGCCCUCCUCGCCGUCGCCGUCUGGUGCGCCGCCUACCUCGCCGCCGCCAUCUCCUCCGCCUUCUAACCCGCCGCCCCUCGCCCCGCUCCCCGCUACUAUUCCGCACCCUCGCCUCCUGCUCCCUAAACCCUACUUUAAACCCCCCUCCGCUCCGCCGCACUCGCGCCGCCAUGGGGUACGCGCAGCUCGUCAUCGGCCCAGCCGGGAGCGGCAAGUCAACUUAUUGCUCCAGUUUGUACGACCAUUGCCAGACCGUGGGCAGGUCAAUUCAUAUAGUCAAUCUGGAUCCAGCUGCAGAGCAUUUCAACUAUCCGGUAGAUAUGGAUAUCAGAGAGCUGAUUUCGUUGGAUGAUGUUAUGGAGGAUUUUGGAAUGGGACCAAAUGGUGGCCUUAUCUACUGCAUGGAGCAUCUUGAAGACAGUUUGGAUGAUUGGUUGGAUGAACAGCUAGAGAACUAUUUGGAUGAUGACUAUCUUGUGUUUGAUUGCCCUGGCCAGAUCGAACUAUUCACUCAUGUUCCAGUUCUGCGCAACUUUGUCGAACAUCUGAAACGGAAAAAUUUCAAUGUUUGCGCUGUGUACCUUCUUGAUUCACAGUUUGUCAGUGAUGUAACAAAAUACAUCAGUGGUUGCAUGGCUUCUCUUUCUGCUAUGAUUCAGCUUGAACUUCCUCAUAUCAACAUCCUUUCAAAGAUGGAUCUGGUCUCCAACAAAAAAGAUGUUGAAGAGUAUCUAGACCCGAACGCACAGGUUCUUUUGUCACAGUUGAAUCGACAGAUGGCACCCCGGUUUGGCAAGUUGAACAAGUCUUUGGCUGAACUGGUUGAUGAUUAUAGCAUGGUUAAUUUCAUACCACUUGACUUGAGAAAGGAGAGCAGCAUACAAUAUGUGCUAUCAUCCAUCGACUCUUGCAUCCAGUACGGGGAGGAUGCUGACGUGAAGGUUAGGGACUUCGAUCUUCCCGAGGACGACGACUAGGUAUUUGAUGCUUUAGGAACUGCAAACUACUAGUUGGUGGUGUCUUCUGUCUUGUGGUGAACCCUUGCAUUGGGUUAUUGAGUAGGCGUUCAAGUGGUGUCUACUUGAUCUCUGUAGAUGAAACAAUGCAAACUCCUGUACGUUAUGUAUACCUGCUUGUGUGGCAGACAACUAGUUGCUGCUUGCAAGAAAAUCCUAUUCCAGAGUUGUUGGAACACCAGAAGUGAACUA